UAGUAGCAGUUGGACUUUCUAUAUCUAAUACAAUAUUACAACAAAAAGGUUUAGAAUUUGUUAAGAUGUUAAAUAUAGAGAAUCAAUUAAAAUGUACAAAUGCUCAUCUGCAACCUAUGGAUACAGGAAUUAUUCAUAGUUUUAAAGCAAAAUACAAACAAGAAUUUUGUAAACAUUUGGAAUCAAAUAAUGAGGAAGAAACUCAUGAUAAAGAAACUAAUGAAGAAAUUGAUAAAGAAAUUAUAAAUCUUCUUGAUAAUUUACCUGAAAAAAAUUGUGUACAAAUGUAUUUUAAAUUAAUUGAUUUUGAUAUUUCUACUGAAGAGAAUCUCACUGAAGAACAAAUUGUUAAUUUGAUACAAUCUGAAGAAAAUGAAGAAAGUGAGAGUGAUAGUGAUGAUGAUAAAAUAUUUCCAGUAUCAGUUAAAGAUGCAAUUAGUGGGUUGGAAACUUUUAUUAAAUAUUUUGAACAGCAAAAUAAUAAUUUUGAAUUUAAUAUAGAUAAUUUGCGAAUAUUUAGAAAAUAUUUACGAAAUUCUAGAGUUAUUGAAUUUAAUUCAAAAAAACAAAAAUCUAUUGAUAUAUUUAUUGAUAUCUAA